GUGGAGGGCAGCAAAUCGACGGCCUAAGGACGGCUACAAUCGCACCGAUCAUGAACGCACGACGACGAUGAGGCGACGCCGACGAUGAGACCGCGGGCAGCCCUCCUCCUGCCACUGGCCGGGGCCAUCUGCCCCGACUACGAGACCCUGCCCUACUGCAGCGGCCACGGCGACUGCUCGAUUAGUGGGAGGUGCGACUGCUGGGCCGGCUGGCGAGGUGGAAGUUGUGCGGAGCGGACGUGUCCCAUGGGCCGAGCUUGGAGUGAUAUCGCGACGGCGACGGACACCGCGCAUGCUAUGGCCGAGUGCUCGAACCGAGGUUUGUGUGACCGCACGACGGGGAGAUGUGUCUGCGGCGUCGGUUUUGAAGGAUCGGCUUGUCAGAGGAUGGGCUGCCAGGGCACGUCGGAUGACGGCUUACCGCUGGGUUGUAGCGGCCACGGCGAAUGUCUGUCGCUGCGAGAUUUGGCGAGGUUUGAAUACGACAAGUGGUCGCAACGGUUUCUAUAUGAAACGCCCUGGGACGCCGAGGCGAUCUACGGGUGUUUAUGUACGUUUCCUUAUACCGGUCCCGCGUGCACGACGCGGACGUGCCCCGAGGGCGACGAUCCACUGACCUCCGGACAGGUCAACGAAGUGCAAUUAUUGAGCUGUAUCGGCUUCGAGGGCAAGAUUGUUUUGAGGUUUGCCGGACAACCGUCCAAGGAAAUCGCCUGGGACGCCUCACCAAAAGACGUAGAACGAGCAAUAGAAGCCACGGGCACCGCUGUCGGAGACGUCGUCGUCACCUUCACCAAAAGUGACGCCACCAAACUGUGCUACGCGCCCGAAGCGGACGAGGCGGAUAUUAACGUGGCCCAGAUCGAAUUCCGGACGGUCUUCGGGGACGUGCCUCCCUUGACUUUUGACGAGGCGUCGUCGUCCUUCGAGGGCACGGUCGAGACGAGAUCCGUCGCGACGCACGGCGAGCUGGCUGUGUUGCGAGCUACCGACGGGCAAUAUGCCGCAGCCGUGCAAGCGACGAAAGAACGAGCAGCGUGUGCCGGACGAGGUCUCUGCGAGGAAGAAGAGGGCGAAUGCGCCUGCUUCACGUCGAACUUCGAGCUAUUCACGUCGUCCGAUCUCUAUGGCGGUCCGGGCCUCCACGGGGACUGCGGCCAUCCGAUGUCCGUCGUGACGAUGUGCCCCGGCGCCGAGGACGCUCUCUGUUCGGGAAAUGGGAACUGUUUGGGACGGUGUCGCGACGGCGACGCCGACGGGCGAUGUGUGGAGAGCGAAUUCUCGAAAGAUCUGUUCGACGACGACGCCACGCCUUUCCCGUCGUACCACGCGCCGCGAAAACGGUGGCAGGCGGAAAAGCCCUUCCAGUGCGCGUGCAAGCAGGGCUGGACGGGCGGCGACUGUUCGCUCAUGCUGUGUCCUCGCGCGCCGGCUUGGUUCUCGUAUCCCUCGCGAGAUGAUAAGGCCCACGACGCGCUUCAGGAGUGCGCGGGCAUGGGCGUGUGUGACCGCACGACGGGCAUGUGCAUGUGUCCUCCUCACUUGACGGGUGCGGCGUGUGAGAGACUCCAGUGUCCCGGUGCUGAUAUAAGUGGAGGCUUCCCGUGCAACGGUGUCGGGCGGUGUAUGAGUAUGAGAGAACUAGCACUACGAGGAGACACCACUGAGGGAAGUCCAGCACAUCAUUUACCGUUCCCGGGCCUAGACUACGGCUUCGCGUACGGGUCAGAUAAUGAUAAUGGCCUGACCUGGGACGCGGACCGCAUGUACGGCUGCGUCUGCGACGAGGGCUAUGCGGGGUAUGACUGUACCGAAAAAGCCUGUCCCACGGGCGACGACCCCGGGACGAGGGAUCAAUUGAACGAGCUGCAAUCGAUAGCCUGCAAGUACACGUCAUCUUCAACGGAUUUCGCGGGACGGUUCCAGCUCGUUUUUCGGGAGCAGUCGACGGUCUGGUUACCUUAUAAUUCAUCUGCUACUCAAAUUGAGAAAGCUCUUGAAUCAUUAACCACUGUGGGGACGCUGAGCGUGACCAUCAAACACGCGUCUGGCUAUGAUAACCCGGGACCCUUGCAAGCGUGCUACCACAAAGAUAACACGCCUACGAUCAUAGCCGUCCAGUUCGAGACGGAGCACAGCAACGUGCCUCGGAUGAUGUCUUUGACGGACAGCGUUUCUGUCAGAGUCUAUGCCGACGGCGAGUCGGGCUUUGGGGGGGACGCCACGAGCCACGCGGGCACCACCGAAGAAGAACCCUGCUCGAACCGGGGCCUCUGCGACAAGGUCACCGGCCAGUGCACGUGUUUUCAUGGGUACGGCAUGUCCAAUGGACUGGGCGGGCGGGGGACGAUCGCGGACUGCGGGUAUAAGCUGGAGGUUGUUUAGUCUUCGAGUGCUUUCUUUGCGACCGUGGGGG